CCCGUUCCCUCGCAUGUCCCGCUAGCAGCGCCGCGCGGCCGCGCCAGUGUCCCCGGAGAGCCGGCCCAGCACCACACCGCGGCACACACUCACAAACUAUCUCUAAAGUUGUCCGCGACCGCACGCAGGCGCCGCUCGAAAGUUCUCGUCGAAUAUUUUUAUUUUACUCAAAACUUUUUCCUCAAUUUAUUUUUCCGAUUGUACGUUACUAAAUGUUGAGGUGAACUGUGCUCGUCCUGUGUUGUGGUUCCAUUGCUUCAGUUUCUGCGUGCACCAUGACGCGACAUACCCUCAUACUUUUGUUGCUGUGCCUGAGUUCCCGGCUAGUGCUGCCGGAGCCGACGCAGUCCCCGACGGAGGCGGCGGAGCCCCGCGAGCGGGACGAUGCGCUCGCCGACUCGGAGGAGCCGCCGGAGGGAUACUACGCGUUCGUCGAGUCACCCAACGCCACACCGCCACGAGUGCGCCCCCCUCCGUACCGGCAGGUGACGUCAUCGUGUCCGGAGGUGGAGUCGAACAAACCGCACGUGUCUGCCAACAACCUGUGCGGGGACCUCAACCGCGGCCUCAUUCCCAGGAACCCCAUGGGGCAGAACCCUAACGGGGAGCCCUACCCUUUUGAGCUGCUCCGCAACCACACGCUUCGCUUCCUGUCGCGCACUCUGCCAGUACUGCGCGCGGACGACACGCUGCCCCGCGUGGCCCACCUGCCCAGCAGCCCCGCCGGCCCGGGCCCCGCCCCCGGCGGCCCCGCGGGCCCCGGCUACCCCGCGGGCCCCAGCUACCCCGCGGGCACCAGCUACCCCGCAGGCUCCAGUUACCCCGCCCCUACACACGCGCCUGAAGCUCAUGCCGUGCCGGACCUACAGCACAACCGGUUGGAGGAGCGCAGCAAGCGGUCGGUGCCCGCGGCGGACGCGGCCGAGCACCGCGCCGCCGACACGGACGCGCCGCGGGACAGUCGCAAGUUCUGCGACAAUGGCGGGGUGUUCUGUAUGCUAUACCGAGCGAUCAAUGGCGAUAGCGAUUCAAGUGCAGGCGUCGAGCGUCGCGAAGAUCCCGGACCACAAGCUCACGGCGCUGGAGCACCUCACGGACCACAUCAUAGAUACGAGGGUCCCCCGACACCUUGCCCAGCUCGCGUGGAGUAUGCGACGCCAGUAUUCGCGCGGAACUACCAGGGAGUGUGGCGCUACGUGGUGCAGAUACCGUACGAGGGAUACUUCACGCAAACUGUCGAGGUCACCAGAUGCAUGCAGUCUCGCUGCCACUACCUGGAUGGCGGCUGCCUGAGCUCACCGCGCUGGGUGUCACUACUCGUGGCGGAGCUGCACUAUCCACCCGCGCAGAACAAGCAGCAGGUGCGGCUGUACUACGACUGGUUCCUGGUCCCCGGCUCGUGCAAGUGUUGGCGGCCGGACUACUUCGCCAGAUACGUGCGCCGCCGCCAGAACAGCGAGCUCUGAGCCACACACGCGCCGUCGUAGCUACUGGACAAACACACGCACUGUACAUCUCGCUGUAGAUAUCCACUCGUCAACUAGUUACUUUAACUCAUGCUCCGGCAAUCACUAAUCACACACUACUGUCCCUCUGAUCUGAUGUUCCGAGAAGUAGAAAACACUGCGCGACUUCAAAUCUAUUAUAUUAUGCCACAUAUCUUUCCACGGAGAGACAACCCAUGUCAAAACAGAGCUGCAUAUAUUUAUGUAUGUACGUAAUACUGGUGCUACCGCUACUGAAUUACUGAUCGUUGUGACAUUAAGACUGGAUCUAAAUAAUUGUAAUAUUUGUUAAAAUAAGGGCCUUAGUAGGUAUGUUCGUACCAAAAUAUUGUAGAUGACGGCGGGAGAGAUCUCUAUCAACUUAGACUAUAAACUGAGUGGUUAGUGCGAGUUGUUCACCGAUUCAAUCGCGUUAACGUUCACUGUUUCACGUUCCGAGUGCGAGUUUGUUUGACGUUAAUGCUGUCGACACGUUUAUGACGUUCAGCGCUCUGAUUGGUCGGCUCAAAAAGAACCAACCAAUCAGAGGGCUAAACGCGGUAACGUGUCGAUCGCGUUAACGUAAAAUAAACUCGCACUUUCUCUGUAUGGCGCGGUAACAGCGUAGUUACCGUCCCAUGCUGAUUCCAUACACAUUGCUGUUAAAUAUAAUCGUCAAAAUAAUUCGCACUACACACUCUAUAAUGUACUUAGCGAGUAAGACAGGAACACACACACGCACACGAGUUGAGUGACGUGUGCCAUGCAUUUACUUGUAAUAUGUUGCUGGACACAAGGUCUUCCUGUAGCAAUACUCGGUGUAACUCUAAAUACAGGAUCUUAGUAUUGUAGGGAAUGUAAGAAGCUCAAACUGCAUUUAUAUAGCGAUAGUAUAGUUUCUAUGUAUUGUAUCACACACACACACAACCAUGCUUUCUUCUACUCCAAGUGCUGCGGACGGACGGACGGAGCAUCGCUCGCAUCGUGUGGCUACAUGUCAACUUCCGCAGUUCAAGUAGCAAGUUUAAGGAAGCAUGGUUCUCCUAGGAUAUUGUUAAUUGUACACUAGGUUGGUUAUUUAUUAAACGUUUAGAUGUAAGUAGUUAGUACAUAGUACAUACAUUAUAAUAAAGCACUUGAAUUACAUGUCAUAUUGCAGUUUCAUUACGUAACGUUCGACCGACGAUGCAAUAAAACAAUUGCACAAGUUGAAGGAGUUUAUUGUAAAUACAUAUUUAUGUAGGAGAUACAGGUGACGCAGUGCUAGUGGACAACUACUGCCGCGCGGCGGCGCCACUGUCGCAUACCCGCGACACUACCCGACCUUGUACUACUCUCAUGAUUGGUGCAAAUCUCAAGGCACUUAACACAAUAUCGGCUUUAACAUACACUUAUGAUACAGCUAGGGGAGGGGAGAGCUAGCCUCUGUCGGGGAACCAAACAGAGUUACAAAUAUACCGCAGGCCGGUACUGGUACUCGCUACAUGAGCCUGCAGUUUGAAUGUCAUCUACGACUAGGAGAAGACAAUAUCAUGAAGAAUACAAGUAUCUAUAGAGCAUACUUCCAGACAGGCUACACUGUCGUGAUGUAUUAAGUAAGUAGGUAUAUGUAAACACACCGAGGUCUAUAUCGAGUUACUCGAUCUAAUUUAAUGUAAGGAGAUAAUUUAAAAUGAUACCCAACUUCACCCUUGAGCAUUAUUUCAAUUCACUUCAUACUAAAACGUAAUUUCGUUCUCCAUCGAAUGUGCCCGUCUAGUCUCUGUCGAGCGUACACUCCGCGCACUGUGUGGUACAAAAUAUUGUCAGUCUGUCAGUCCGUCCGUCUACACGAGCAUCAUGCCGUGCGCGGCGGGCGCGGCGGGCGGCAGGCGGCCGUAGUGCGGCGCGGCGCGGGCGCGGGCCUCGGCCGACAUUAUCUCCACGAUGCGCCCGUUCUCGAACACCAGCUCCGAGCGCGCGCAGGCCGAGUAGGGCGGCGGCGCGUCGUCGGGCGGCGCGGCGUCGGGCGGCGCGGGCGCGGGCGCGGGCUUGCUGGGCGGCAGGCGCGACACGGCGGCGUACGGCGGCGGCAGCUCGUCCUCGGCCCAGGCGCGCGCGCGCACGCGCUCCGGCGUCGGCACGUCGCAGUCGUAAAUACUCACACGUCGUCGCCAUCACAUUGGGUGUCGACCACUCAUCCGAGUCUUGUCUGAUCACUGAAAUCAGCCGGUAGUGUCCGCGCAUCACCUCCGGCUCGAGCUCCGCCGCGCCCGCGUCUACACAACGAGGACAUGUUCAGUACAUAGCUCUGAACAGUUUCUUGUGCAGACAGUUCUCGGCCGCCUUGACCAGCAGCACGAGCAGCGCCAGCGCCACCGCGCCGGCCGCCCAGCCCCGCGCCGCGUGACCCCACGACGUGGCGCCGGCGGGGCCCGGCCGCGCGCCCGC